AUGAAAAGAAAUCGACAAGCUGGCGUUCUUGAAGUGGAUGGGUUAGGCUCCAUCGGCAAAAUAUCACCGGGGAAACUGAAACAACUUAACACAGAAAAUGGUCUCUACAUAGGAGGAUUGCCAUCAAUAGAAAUGAACACCAUGGGAAAAUACAAAACCGGUUUAAUAGGAUGCGUAUCCCAAAUAUCUCUUAGUGGUGAUUUUGAUAUACCACUUUCCCUAUCGAAGCUUCCACAUACAAUCACCAACAACGUUGGAAGAUGCACUCCAUAA